AUGGAACAGUUGGAUUCGUCUCAUUCUGAUUUAGAGAUGAGUGGGGAUGAGGAAGAACCGGAUUUAUAUCAAUUAUUCAUGGAGGAAUCACAAAGAGAUCAGUCACCGGUGGACGAACAGGCAGGGUUAGACAUUCAGAUAUUACUUCUGGAGGCACUUCAGAGAGAACAUGAACGAAAUGAACAGCUGGGUAUGAGAAGUAUUAGAGGUUUUGGUGGGGAAGAAGAUUGGCCGCCUUUUAUCAGGCGAAGACCACAACUUCGGAAUUUCUUGAGGAACCAAAUACUUCUGGAUCAUAUAUUGAUAGCGUUACUGUUCCCAUUUUCUCUAUUUAACAUAUUAAGAGCGCUUUUUAGUGAGUUAACAUUCAGUGAGUAUGAUUUUUAUAUUGAUAUUUUGCAGUAUUUGAGAAGGAUUUCUGUUGUUGAUGCAACUGGUAAAUCGUUACUGUUAUAUACAGACAGUUUGGGAUUGUUGGUCAAGUUCCACAACGUGGUGGUAUUUUACACAAGACACAUCUAUUAUCUGCUCAACGCAGUGCUGGGGGAUCUUAAAUGGACGGCGCACUUGUAUACCUUUUUUGUGAGGGUGAAUACCAUAUCUUUAUAUCUGGCAUAUGGGUUCCUUACAAGUUCAUAUUUGUGUUUUGCUGCAUUCUUCUUUACUUUAUGCUUUGGCAUGACUGUAAUAAAGAGGUAUAAGGGAGUGGAAAGGAUUAUUAGCCAAAUAUACCAAAAUACGGAAGGUCUCUUCUAA